UAAAUUUGAUAUUGCGGGCGUUGCUACUUUAUCUGUGCUGUUUUCAUGAGUUGCCAUAAUAAGAAUUCUUCUUUUUAAAUCUAAUAACAUUGAAGUGCUGUCAAUCUUGCUGUCAAGCAAAUCUGUCAAGUGAAUAGUCUGACAGUUUGACUGUCAAAAAUAAAGAUUCAAUCCUAGUGAUGAUUCGUUUUUCAUUGAAGCUGAUGGGAUAAAUAUUAUCCUGGAAUGAUAACAAGUCGCCAAAGAUAAGUUCUGUAAUAAAGUAUUAAUGGCCAAACUACCGAAUGGCUGGCUUCAGCUGGUACCUUUCUGAAGGCUUCCAAGUUAUAAUCGAGAAGUCAAAGGAAGCAAAAUGCUCUUUACAAGAUGUACAGUUGCGUUUCUUGUGCCCUGAUGAUCUAGAAGAAGUGAGAAGUUUGUGCCGAGAAUGGUUCCCCAUAGAGUACCCUCAGUCAUGGUACGAAGACAUCACUUCAUCAGAGAGAUUCUUUGCUCUGGCAGCAAUAUACAAAUCACAGAUCAUUGGUCUCAUCGUGGCAGAAAUUAAGCCAUAUUUGAAGCUUAAUGCUGAAGACAGAGGAAUAUUAUCUAGAUGGUUUGCCUCUAAGGACACACUUGUUGCAUAUAUAUUAUCAUUAGGGGUGGUCCGCUCGUACCGGCGCUCUGGCGUGGCCACUCUUCUGCUGGAUGUUUUGCUGAGCCACCUAGCGGGCACUGCACCACAACCGCCACACGACCACCGCGUUAAGGCCAUCUUCUUGCACGUGCUCACCACCAACACUGAGGCUAUACACUUCUAUGAACAAAAAAGAUUCCGUCUGCACUCGUUCCUUCCCUACUACUACUCGAUCCAGGGCCGCAACAAGGACGGCUUCACGUACGUGUACUACGUGAACGGCGGGCACGCGCCGUGGGGCAUCUACGACUACGUGAAGUACGUGGCGCGCGCGGCGUGGCGCGGCGGCGGCCUGUACCCCUGGCUGUGGGGCAAGCUGCAGGCCGCGCUCACUAUCGCGUGGCACAGGAAUGCCUACAGAUUUUAGUGGCGCGUCGCGUUCCCCGCAACCCUGUGCUAGUUUUAGUUUGAGGACGAAAAGUUGUAUAAUUAAUAUUUAAAAUUAUUUAUGAAUGUAUUAUUAUUUUAUAUAAUUUGACAUAUAUUUACAUCCUGUUUGCAUAGAAAUCCACAAAGAAAUAUGUGAUAAAUUUUAGUUUAUACACUGAGAUAGGAGUUCAUUAUUUUCUUGUAUUUGUCAGAUAUUUGGCAUGCGUUUGUGUGAUUAUCUACAGUCGUAUUGACCAAGAAAUGUAAGAGACAAGACGAAGAAGGCAUUGGAAUAUUGCUGAAAUGUAAAGUUGUAUGUGUGCCAUGGAUUACUGCCAAGACAUUUAAAGUAAGGUGCCUGUGUGUUCAGCGUAGGAAUUGUGAAUAAACAUUAAGAGAUAAUCAAUUACAAUCGAGAACUACAUUAGUACGGUCUAUUAAGGGUAUUCAGCAAUAAAAUAUACUCAUUUUUACUAUUUACCUAACACGAUGAGAUAACUUUAAUGAUUUUAUUUUGCGUAUGAAACUAUAAGUAAUAAUAAUAAUAUUUUGUUAACCUUUGUAUCCCGCUGAAAAUGAACAACACCAAUUCUUAAGGUAGUAAAUAAUAAAUAAUAUGUAAAAAGUUAAUUAUUGUACCGAAACCGCACUUUUACAAAAAAAUAUACAUCCCUUUAUGUUGUGAUUACCAACUUGUGUAUAGUAUUACGAUACAAGUGCGAAAAAUAGGAAAUUCGCAACGAUGGCGAUAAAUUCAAAUACGUCCGAAAGGAGUGUUUUAAAUCGACACAUUUUACAGUACAUAUUGCCAUUUAAAUUUUCGACAUAUUACGUAAUGUGCUAAUUAUCGCACUAGUGCGGUAAAGUAGCACCAUAUGUGCUGUAAAUAUUAUUAAAACGCCAUGUUCACCAUACAGCGGCAAACUCCUUGACAUACGAAUCAUAUACAAUGCAUUCUUUGUGACGAAACAAAGUAGGUACAUUAAUAAGUAAUUAGUUUAAGUUUAUUCUUUGCAUUCAUAUUAAAAAUAUAUAAAACUAAUUUAAACAAGUUUACUAAAUUAAGUGGACAAGUUUUAUUACAAGUUUUAACUACUUAAAGUAUGAUUUUCGACUGUUUCGUUUUAUGAUUCUGUGCUAAAAAACUAUGGAAGCACCAUAUUAGGCACUAAUAAUUAUUUGUGCACUUUCCCAGGGUAGGUUUAUUAUUGUUACUCAUUGUAAACCAAAGUAUUUUAAUUUACAUGAUUUUGUUACUAGCUGUCGAUGUUUUUUCUAAUUAUUAUUGAUUAAAUUAUUGUUAAGUGUUUAUUAUGGAAACAAGUAUUAUUUGGACCACUACUCAUUAAAUUUUAGUUUGUAUUGAUUAGGACGAUUUUGUAUGUAUUCAUAAAAUUAUAUUUAUUACAUUAUGUAGUACGAGACCAAUGAAAAGAGUUGAAAACGAUUUUUUAUAUCUAACAACCUUUACAAGCAUUAGAAUUAGACUCUAGUGAAUAAAGAAGACUAACAGCUCCCAUACAGAGCCGUGAGAAUCGUCAAUGUUGUAGGGGACAUUCAAUAUUAUUUUUACAUUUUAGUUAUUUGCGUGACAUGGGGCUGCCACCCAAAAUGAGUCUUGUCCUCCGGCAGUGCACGCCAGCCGUCUCGAUUCUGCACAAUCUCCCGCCAGCUAAUCGGCUUCUAACUUUCUAAAAUAGUACAUUGUGCAACGAGGGGGGGUAAGUGAAAGUUUGGAAGCGAGGGUAGUAAUUCCCGACAGCCGCAGGCUCGAGAGAAUUAAAGACCCGAGAUUGCAAUAUUCUUACCCCCGGAGUUACACACAAUGUUAUUCAUCACACUUGCGAAGAAAAAACUAAAUUUUAAGCGGAAUUAUAUUAAAUACGGUGACAUCCCAAACAUUCGUCCGCCAUAUUGUCAUUUGUUGACAGGUUAGGCAUCAAAGGCACAGACCUAUUCCGCAUUCAGCCACGAUUGAAAAUUAUGUAAUAGUACAUUAUUGCAGAGGUCGGGAAAGGGCAAUUCGUGGAUGAGCUUCGCGUCGUCCGACAAAGAAGACGAAUCCACGAAUUGCUGUUCCUGCCGAGGCCUAUAUAUAGUGCUUUUCUCCAAACAUGCGAGGAAAUAAAAUAAUCAUAAUUUAAGUAUCAACCAGCACUCAAAUCGAACCUUCACAUCAAAAACGUCAAAAUCAAUUUCCCUCUUUAAUUAUUUUUUAAAAGUUAAAGGCACAACUAUUCUGCCAUUCAGAAUACCAUUCAAUAUUCGCUCAUUCAAUAUAAUUGUGCAAUAUAAGCUGUAUUUGCACGCAUGAGAUUCUUUAAAAAAUAUAAAAGUUAUAUAGUCUUUGAUUUUAUUAAGCAGUAUUCACACGAUCAUACACGUCGGUCUUACACGACUCUAUCCUAUAGCUUGAAAUGAUGCUGACCGGGUCGUGUAGACGCGGCCCGCAGCUAUAUUAAUUGGCUGUUCGCGUUUUUCUUAGUGGAUAAUGUUUUUAACAAGUAAAAAACAAUAUAGUAAUAACUUUCCCGUCCGCUAAAACACGACAACAAUGGAUUGAAUUUUUUUAAUUUGUGUUUGACCAUAACGAAGAACUUCCCGUACUAUUUUUGCUACAAUAAGGUGAACAUUUCCGAGCAUAUUAUGGAGAAAAAUAGUUUAUCUAUUACUUACAGAGUUCCCAACUUUCUGAUCUAUUACUGAUUCUAAAAUGGUGUAACACACGCUUUUUGCAAACAAAGAUAUGGCCUAGAUGGUCAAUAAAGUUAAGUAAGGUGCUAACUAUUAAGUAAGACAGAAAAGUUGGAUUAUCUCGAAAACCACGACACUUUUCUGGACCAGGUGCCCGUCGGUAAUUCUGUCUGUUCAUUAAUUACUCGGCACCCUGUAUACUUUGUCGUUUCAACUCGGCUCAUUGGCUUUUACACAUUAUGAUACUACGUUCGACGUGGUUUUGACAUUUCUAAAAAAUGUUGCGAAUUUCGGAGAGUGGCAAAACUAGAUGCGAAUCUUGUACGUUCUCUCCUGCUUCGUUAUUAACGCAUUUGUUGCAGGUAUUUUUUUUUCGAACUUUUGCCAUGUCUCGGACUCCGCUCAGUGCCUCAAACGCAUAUAAGCGUUCAUACAAGGUGUAACAAAAAUAGUGGGGACCCGUUUUAAGGCUUAUUUGUUAUCGUAUUCUGAUUAGGAAAAAGUAGAAGAAAAAAAUAUUUACGUGUUUUUUUUUUUUUAUUAAGGGGCAACUCGUUCCAAGUCGGCUAACCCUCCAUACAAAGUCCAACAUUUUUUUUUCGUCAAAAACUUUUGGCCCCUGUUGUGCCCUGUAUCCCCGCUACUAUUGUUACACCCUGUAAAAACAUUAAGUAGAUAUAGAACUCAUAGACCCAGUAGCGUGCAUAGGCACUGGGCGAAGUUCUUAAAAUGGAUGAAUUUGUUUAUGCGUUCAAUUCGCGUUAUUUGUAUGUAAUCGUUAAAUUAUGUUAAUGUAAAGUCAAACAAAUGGCGAGGCUUGUAAUUUCUUGUUUUCACCCUGACACUACUUCACAGUCACACAUAAUUGACAUAAUGUUAUACUUAAUAAAUUUUAUGAUUGUAACUAUUUGUACCCUAUGGAGAACAUAGAUUCCAAAUAAAUAUCAUUGUUGACUACAAA